UGGACCGGGUCGACGCUGCUAACCUCGUCCGCGCUUUUCGUCCACUCUUUGCGCCCGCACAACCUGGAACCGAGGCAACUGAGAGCCCGGCGUUGUCUUUACCAGGCGGACCCGCAACCCGGAAAGGCCGCGCGGCGUAGCCCGGAGACCGAUCCUGCUCGAACCCGGCCCCAGCGGGCUGGCRCCGCGGGCAUGUCGGAGGCGCGGAAGGGGCCGGACGAGGCGGAUGAGAGCCAGUGUGACUCCGGCAUAGAGUCUCUACGCUCUCUGCGUUCCCUACCGGAGCCCACCCCGGCCACAGGCUCCAGGCCCUCGGACGGCUGCAGCCCCCAGCCCUGGACCCAUCCUCCGAGUUCCUCCAAGGAGCCGCGGGAAAAGGAAGACGGGGACGGGGAGCGGGCUGACUCCACUUAUGGCUCCUCCUCGCUCACCGAGCCCUUGCCCUUGCUGGGGGAUCCUGAGGCUGAGGACCCAGCCCCAGGAUCGUCACUGCCCUCCGCGGGGGCGCUGAGCCCUCAGCAGCUCGAAGCAUUCACUUACAUCUCUGAGGACGGAGACACGCUGGUCCACCUGGCAGUGAUUCACGAGGUCCCAGAGGUGCUGUUCUGUUGCCUGGCUUUGCUGCCCCAGGAGGUCUUGGACAUUCAGAACAACCUUUACCAGACAGCACUCCAUCUGGCUGUUCAUCUGGACCAGCCGGAUGCAGUUCGGGCCCUGGUGCWGAAGGGGGCCAGUCGGGUGCUACAGGAUCGGCAUGGUGACACAGCCCUACAUGUGGCAUGCCAACGCCAGCAUUUGGCCUGUGCCCGCUGCCUGCUAGAGGGGCAGCCAGAGCCAGGCAGAGGAACAUCUCACUCCCUGGACCUCCAGCUGCAAAACUGGCAAGGUCUGGCCUGUCUUCACAUUGCCACUCUACAGAGGAACCAGCCUCUCAUAGAACUACUGCUUCAGAAUGGAGCUGACAUUGAUGCCCAGGAGGGCACCAGUGGGAAGACAGCAUUGCAUCUAGCUGUGGAAACCCAGGAGCGGGGCCUGGUACAGUUCCUACUCCAGGCUGGUGCUCAGGUAGAUGCCCGCAUGCUCAAUGGGUGUACACCGCUGCAUCUGGCAGCUGGACGGGGCCUCAGUGGCAUCUCAUCCACUCUGUGUGAGGCCGGCGCUGACUCCCUGCUGCUGAAUGUGGAAGAUGAGACACCGCAGGACCUGGCUGAGGAUCCCCUUAUUCUUUUGCCCUUCGAUGACCUGAAGAUCUCCGGGAAGCCGCUGAUGUGUGUUGACUAAAGCCAGGACAGGAAACUGGGGCCACUGUUGCUGCAACCUGGGCCCAGUGUGCCCUUCUGGUGUCCUAGGGACUACUGAAGCCAGAGCCUGGAGCCAGUAUGGUUCUGAGUGAGAAAAGAGAUUGCAAGUCAGAGAGAGCCAGGCUGGAAGAAAGAGCUUCCCAGGUGGACUGGAUGGAGAUUCUUGAGAGGCGCCUAAGCCCCAGGCAUCCUGGGUGAAGUCUCUUUACCUCUCUUGGAGAUGGCAGGGCUCUCAUUUCUACCUGUCGGGUCAGUUUGAAACUGCCAACCAGUGGGAAAAUGUGGAGGCUUCUGAGUGAGGAGAGACUGAAAUAGAAGAARCAGGGCCCUGAGGGGUCCCACCUUACUGCUAUUGCAGAUUCCAAAACACUCUUGUCUAAAAACUUUUAACAGAAGGCCCUGAACUGAGCCUUUGAGAAAGGAACAUUGCARUAACAUAACACUAAAGUAGCAGAGACUUUUUAAAAGUGUUUUCCUCCUACCCAGGUGCAGUGGUACAAACCUCAGGAGGCUG